UCAAGGCAACCUAUUGUUCAGUUUUUUUUAAAGGAUAAUAAUUGUUCACAUAUUUGAAAUUUAUUGCCACAAUAGAAUCAUUAGACUCACUGUGUUUAUGAUUUUGGGAAGGUAACUGGAUCAAAGCUGGCAAUCUGAAAGGGAACCGGAUUCUUAACAGCUUUAAAGGAAUAGCAGUUUUCUUUAACAUUGUUUUUAAAAUUAUAAUUUCUUAUUGCACUGUUAAUAAUGUCGCAUGAUCGGAGUAUCGAGCUGGAGCACUUUGAAGAGAGGAGCCGGGGCCACCGAUCUUCUCGGCGUGGAAGCGGCAGUGGAGGAGGAGGUGGUGCAGGAGGCGGUGGAGGAGGUAGCGGUGGAGGGGUCUCAAGCUCCCGAGGAAAUGGUUUACCGAGCCCAGCUCACAGCGCUCACUGCAGUUUCUAUCGGACCCGUACCCUGCAGGCACUCAGCCAGGAGAAAAGAGCCAAAAAGGUCCGCUUUUACCGGAAUGGAGACCGCUACUUUAAAGGGCUCGUGUAUGCCGUCUCCCCCGACAGAUUCAGGUCCUUAGAUGCUUUGCUGGUGGAACUAACUAAGUCUCUUUCGGAUAAUGUCAAUCUGUCCCAAGGAGUCAGGACCAUCUACAGCAUCGAUGGGAACAAGAAGAUCACCAGCCUGGAUGAAUUGCUGGAAGGAGAAAGCUACGUUUGUGCAUCCAAUGAGCCAUUUCGUAAAGUAGACUAUGCCAAGAAUGUCAAUCCAAACUGGUCAGUCAAUAUCAAGGCAGGAACAUCCCGCUCUCUGUCAUCACUGACAUCAAGAGGUGAAGGAAAAGAAUCCAAGGAUUUCAUUAGGCCCAAACUCGUGACAGUUAUUCGCAGUGGUGUAAAACCACGGAAAGCCGUAAGGAUUCUUCUGAACAAGAAGACAGCUCAUUCGUUCGAGCAGGUGUUAAAUGACAUUACAGAUGCCAUAAAAUUAGAUUCUGGAGCAGUUAGAAGGCUCUACACACUUGAUGGAAAGCAGAUCAUUUGCCUGCAGGAUUUUUUUGGGGACGAUGAUGUCUUUGUUGCAUGUGGUCCAGAAAAGUAUCGCUACGCCCAGGAUGACUUUUUGCUGGACAGUAGUGAGUGUCGUGUGAUGAAAUCAUCCUACUCACGCUCUGGUAGUACCUCACGACAUUCCGGAUCAAAAAGUCCUGGGCCAUCUCGGCGAAGCAGGUCUCCUGCAUCAGUUAAAAGAGGAGGUUACUACACAGCUUAUUCUCCAGUCAAAUCCCCAGUAAAUGGAACUCCAAGCAGUCAACUGUCAACACCCAAAUCUACAAAGUCAUCCAGCUCCUCCCCAACCAGCCCUGGCAGCUUGAGAGCUCACAAGAUUAUUCACCAGAUAGGUCUGUCCACCAAUGUGAAUGGAGUACCUCAGCAAACCAAUGGUAUCAGCCCUGAAGGUGUAAAUGGAAAUAGAUCCUUUUCAGCUUCAACUAUUCUUGAAAAGUAUAAAAUUGGGAAGGUGAUUGGAGAUGGGAAUUUUGCCAUAGUUAAAGAAUGUGUGGAACGAUCCAGUGGCAAGGAGUAUGCACUGAAAAUAAUCGAUAAGGCCAAAUGCAGUGGCAAGGAACACUUGAUUGAAAAUGAGGUGGCAGUGCUGCGGAGGGUUAAACAUCCCAAUAUCAUCAUGUUAAUUGAAGAGGUAGACACACCAACAGAGCUGUACCUGGUAAUGGAGUUAGUCAAGGGCGGAGACCUGUUUGAUGCCAUUACAUCAUCGACUAAGUACACCGAGCGGGAUGCCAGUGCAAUGGUGUACAACCUGGUUUCUGCACUCAAAUAUCUGCACAGCCUCAACAUUGUGCACAGGGACAUCAAGCCAGAGAACUUGUUGGUGUGUGAAUAUGUAGAUGGCACCAAGUCCUUGAAACUGGGUGACUUUGGUCUGGCGACUGUGGUGGAUGGGCCACUGUAUACAGUGUGUGGCACACCAACAUAUGUCGCUCCAGAGAUCAUCGCAGAAAGUGGGUAUGGCUUAAAGGUCGACAUUUGGGCAGCAGGCGUCAUUACGUACAUCCUCCUCUGUGGCUUCCCCCCAUUCCGCAGUGAAAACAAUGUCCAGGAGGACCUGUUUGAUCAGAUUCUUGUUGGCCGACUGGAGUUUCCAUCUCCUUACUGGGACAGCAUCACCGGCUCUGCUAAAGAAUUGAUUAGCCGAAUGUUGCAGGUGAACAUUGAGGCGCGGUACACAGCAGAGAAAGUUCUGACUCAUCCCUGGGUGGCUGAUGAUAUGGCACAAGAGCGAGACAUGCAAGUGUCAGUAACUGGCAAAUUGAGAAAGCACUUUAAUCCAGUGUCAAAGCAGAGCAACAGUACUGCGGGUGUCAGUGUUAUAAUGUAUACUGCUCUCGAUAAAGAAAGUCAGAUAUUCAGUGGUAAGCCCCACCAAGAUAUUGAAGGAGUUGGUACGGAGCAAACGUCUCAGCCCUCCCCGGCCGCGGAUGCUUCCAUGUCUGGGUCCAUGACCUUUUCCCCUAACUCACCUGAGCCAGUUGUGUCCCCUGCACCCCCUGUCUGAUACAGCCACACCUCAAGGAACUCAAAGUAUCCUGCUUUCUAGAAGCAUGGUCUUAGAAAAACCUCUGUUUAAAACAUCUAAGAUUUAAAGAGAAACCACAGCUGAAUCAAAUUUAAACAAACUUGCUUGUAAAUUAUUGAUUGUGUGUCAAAAUGUGUCUGCUGCCCUUCUGUAAGCUGAAUUGUGUUUAGCAGAUUCAGGGUUCCACAGCAGCAGCCGUGAGUGAGAUUGAAUGCUGUCAGAAAGAUUUGAAAUGGAUUUAGAUGUGUUACUGUACAGUACUCCAUUAACACUUCCACUUUUCAAAUCCUUAUCAGUUUCCAUGGUGCAACUCUCAUUUGACUGAGAUUAAGCACUGGGCUCUACAGUAAAUAGAUAAUAUCUUCUUAUGACCAGCCCAGUAUGGGAUAAAGAAGCAAGAUGCAUAGUCAGAAAUAAGUAACAACUUCUUGUUGCAAUUAAAAGUUCCUCUUUCUGAAAAGAUUUCCAAUCUCCUGUGGUGACUCCAGCAAGCUAUUGGCAGAUCCUAUGACAGAAAAAUGGUGAACACUGUUUCUCUGUGGGCUUCCAGUGAUCUUUUGCCGAAGUUAUGGCAGGAGAUCAGGAGAACUGGCACCAACUUUCAAGGCCAUCAAUUAGCUGAUUUAACUAGAGGCUGAGCUGUGCAGGGUUGCUCUUAGUUGGUGUAUUUUGUUUCUGGUGGUUAAGUGUAUUGUGCGUACUUCAUUUCUGGUGGUUCCUUGUUAAUUACUGUUCCUUAACAAGUGAGUUCUGUUGAUGGCACACCAAUAGAGAACCCCUGGUUUUAUGUUAGAAAAUCCAGUAAUUAGUUUAGUUAAUUUUAAACUGAAGUAAGUCCUCUGCUAAAGCGUCUAUUGGCUUAUAUGAUUUCCCCAAUUUGUGAAUAGCAACAGAUGUAAACCCACAGUAUUCCAAGCAUCACUACAUUAACCACUAGACCGAUGAAGAACUUUAAUUUACUCUGCAGGAGAGACGAAAAUAGCAUUUGUAAAAUCAAGCUGCUUUUUCUUCAUUCGGUCGUGGGAUGUGGGCAUCGCUGGCUAGGCCAGUAUUUAUUGCCAUUCUCUAA